AUCGUCAUCAUCAUCAUCAUUGUUGUUGUCGUCGUUAUCGUCAUCCUCGUGGUCAAUGUCCGCAACGUGCUCCUUGACAUCGCUACCGCCGUUCACCACGUCACUUGUCACUUUGCCUUUACGUCUAUAAGAGUCAGUGCUGGACAGUGUGGAUUUGUGAUAACAAGGAGACAGGAUGCAGGCGAGCAAUAAGAAUAUCCCUACCAUGUAUACAAAGCCCGUGGAGGUUUCUCAACAGUUGCAGGAAGGAGAGAAGUUUAUCAAGUGGGAUGAGGAUUCUGGAAUAGCAACGCCUGUGACUUUAAAAGUGGAUAAGUAUGGUUUUUACUUACACUGGGUGGAUCAAAAUAAUGAGAUGGAUAUGCUGGACAUAGCAGUUAUAAGAGAUACACGAACAGGAAAAUAUGCAAAAGUACCAAAGGAUCCAAAAUUGAAAUCUCUUGUAAAUAUUGGUUCUCAAGAUUCCUUAGAAGACAAAACUCUAACAGUCUGUUACGGCUCUGAUUUUGUCAAUAUGAAUUUUAUUAAUUUUUGCACCAUGCGUGCAGAAACAGCACAACAUUGGACAGAACAGCUUUUUCAAGUGGCAUACAAUUUGAUUCAAUUAAAUACUAGCACAACUAUGUUUUUACUCAAAGCGCACACCAAAUUAAUACUUACUGCUGAUAAAUGUGAAAAAAUACCAGUAAAGAAUAUAAUAGAAAUGUUUACACAAAACAAAGAACAUCGCAAGCGUGUUGAAAAAGCACUCGAUAUUUCUGGCUUUCCAACUGGCAAAAGCGACGUUGUGCCAUUGUCAAAAUUCCAAUUCGAAGAUUUCUUCAACUUUUAUAAGUCUCUCACUCAGAGAUCAGAUGUAGAAAAAGUGUUUGAAGAAAUAGUUGGCAAUAGCAAACGCAAAUUGAUGUCUGUUUCGCAAUUCGUCGACUUUUUGAAUAAGACGCAGAGAGAUCCACGCCUCAACGAGAUACUAUAUCCAUAUGCAAAUGAAGCGAGGGCAAAGGAUAUCAUAAAUCAGUAUGAACCCAACAAAUGUAAUGCAAAUAAAGGCCAACUCAGUCUUGAUGGAUUCCUGAGAUAUCUCAUGAGUGAGGACAAUCCGAUUGUUGCAAUCUCGAAAUUUGAAUUGUCUGACGAUAUGGAUCAAUCGCUUGCGCAUUAUUUCAUAAAUUCUAGUCACAAUACAUACUUAACGGGGCAUCAACUCACUGGAAAGAGUUCUGUGGAAAUUUAUCGUCAGUGUCUUUUAGCCGGUUGUCGAUGCGUCGAAUUAGAUUUUUGGAAUGGAAAAGUUGACGAACCUGUUAUUGUUCACGGAUAUACAUUUGUACCUGAAAUAUGUGCUCGAGAUGUGAUAGAAGCAAUUGCUGAGAGUGCUUUUAAAACUUCUGACUAUCCGGUCAUUCUCAGUUUCGAAAAUCAUUGUAAUCCAAGGCAACAAGCCAAAAUCGCACAGUACUGCAGAGAACUUUUCGGGGAAAUGUUACUUGAGGCGCCACUCGAAUCGCACAAGUUAGAGCCAGGUCAAGAGCUUCCACCUCCAUCGUUAUUGAAGCGCAAAAUAAUAAUAAAAAAUAAGAAAAAACAUCAUCAUCAUCAUAAAAAGCAUCACAAAAAGCAACCGCAAGCAUUAGACACUGCUGAAGAUAACCCAGAGAAUGAAACAAACGGGACGGUGAAUCCAUCUGCAGGAGAAAACGGCCCACCACCGGAUAUAAUACCUCAAAAUGAAAUGGCUGAUGAUAGCGCAUCUGGAAAUGAACAACAAAUUGGGAAUGGCGAUAUUCCUCAUCCUCCUAUGUUGCAACAAAGACAGGGUAGUAAAGAUAGUGCUCAGGAUGAUGAAGAUGAGGAAGACGAAUCGAGUACAGACGAAGAUGAGUCUAACGUGGAACUGAGAAUGGGUGACAAAGGAUCUGCGGCAGAUAAAGCAUCCGCGGCCAAAGAGACGGAGGCGGGUGCAGAAAUUUCUGCUCUAGUUAAUUAUGUGCAGCCUGUACACUUCAACAGUUUCGAGUCGGCUGAAAAAAAAAAUCGUACGUACGAAAUGUCAUCUUUCGACGAGAAACAAGCUACGACUCUUUUGAAGGAGAGACCACUAGAAUUUGUAAAUUACAACAAACAUCAGUUAUCCAGAGUUUAUCCAGCAGGAACACGAUUCGAUUCUAGCAAUUUCAUGCCGCAAGUAUUUUGGAACGCGGGAUGUCAGCUAGUUGCAUUAAAUUAUCAAACACUCGAUCUAGCGAUGCAAUUAAAUUUGGGGAUAUUUGAAUACAAUCAACGUUGUGGUUAUCUAUUGAAACCGGAAUUUAUGAGAAGGAAAGAUCGACGAUUAGAUCCUUUUGCUGAAUCUACCGUUGAUGGUAUUAUUGCGGGCACCGUUCACAUUCACGUAAUAUCCGCGCAAUUUUUAACCGACAAAAGAGUAGGCACUUAUGUAGAAGUGGAUAUGUAUGGUUUACCAGCUGAUACCGUAAGAAAGAAAUUCCGCACAAAAAUCGUGCCGAAUAACGGUAUUAAUCCCAUAUAUGAUGAGGAACCAUUCGUAUUUAAAAAGGUAGUUUUACCGGAACUUGCUUCGAUAAGGAUUGCCGCAUAUGAAGAUUCUGGACGUUUCAUCGGUCACAGGGUAUUACCUGUAGUUGGAUUAUGCCCAGGAUACAGACACGUUGCACUAAGAAACGAGUGUGGGCAACCGCUACCAUUAGCGAGUGUGUUUUUACACGUUAUCGUAAAGGAUUACGUGCCUGAUGGUUUGAGCGAGCUUGCCGAAGCUUUAGCGAAUCCUAUCAAAUAUCAGAGCGAAGUGGAGAAAAGAGAAAAUCAAUUGUUGGUUCUUACGGAUUGUUUGGAGGCUCCGGAUGAAAUUGAAGAUAAGAGUAAAGUUGGCGAUGCUCCUACUUCUGCUAAGCCAGCUGAGGAAGUUGUAAAAGCUAAACGAAUGCAGUCCAUAGGUGAAAUGCCAAGUCUUGUACCUCCUUCCAGUAGUUUACAUAGUAGACCAUCUAUUGGUGGCUUGGGUAGCUCGGACACGGUGGAUGUAGAAGACGAUAUUCCGAGUCCUGCAAUUCAAGCAGUUGAUACAUCUGUAAAUAAAAGUCCAGUCAAUCAGUCUAGCAAUAUAAGUGACGAAAUAGUGGCUGAAAGUUGGGAAAAACUCAUGGAAAAUAAGCUAGUCAGGGAGAAGAAGAUGGAACUCGAAAAGAAACUUGAAUCUCUGCGGAAGAAGCACGAGAAAGAAAAAGUGCGAAUGCAGUCGCAAAAAGGCUCGCUCGACGGCGAGAAACAUAGAUCGAAAUUCUACAGCAAUAGACUGGUGAAGCGACUAUCGAGCAAAAAUAUGAGUUUUUCGAGCGAAGUGGGUUUAAGCACCUUAGCCAUGCCUGAGUCUUCCGAAUACCCAGAGAACCCGGAGAAUCGCGAGGGAAAUGACGGGACAUCCAGAGGUAUACCUAGGAGUCAAAGCGAACGAUUUUUAGCCAUAUGUAAAGUGCACGUUCAACAAGAACGUGAACUUCAGGAAAAAUAUUAUGACAGUCUCUUUACGACCGUCGAAAAAGUGAUGAGAGCAUCGCAAGCCAAUCAAUUGAAAAUGCUCCAAGUGCUUUUAGACAGAGAAACCGCCGAUGUUAAACGAAAACUGCAAGCUACAAGACAGGGCGAGGUCAAACAAUUGGCCAAGGUACAUAAAGAUAAAGCCGAGCUGGAGCGCAUAAAACGAGAAGUUGCAAAAUCGACUGUAGAGAAAGCUGUAAAUGAAUGCACGCGGUUAACGAAAAUUUUCGACAAGAAGAGAACAGAGUUAGAAAGACAACAUGAAGAAGUACGUCAAAGGUUGGAAGAUGAGCGAGCCAAGGUAAAAGCUAAUUUGCUAGCAGAAUAUAGUAGCCGCUACAGUAAAUAUGAGAGUGGUGAGUUACCCUUGUCACCAUCUGGCGGAGCUAGCUUACCCGAGUCACUUAGCGAGAAUAUGUAUUGACUUGCGAAACGGGUCUAAUUAUGUGUUGACUAAAGGUGUGACAUCGGUUCACGAUGUUUUACGCCAUUAUACGCGUCGUUUAAAGCAUCCAGUUAUGCAACUUGGUAUAUCGAACACGCGGCUUGUAACAAGAGAUAUGUGGGAGAAAGAAAACGGAUAUUGUACUUGAAUGCAAUAUUUCUCCGAUGUUUGUAUAAGGAAAUGAACCAAUAACGAGUAAGGAAAUGUUGGUAUACAGUGUAUAUCUACAGCUGUUUAUGGUGAUGAUUCUUGCCAUCAAUUAUUGAAGAUAUCGAUAUGGUGACGUUGAUGCUGUAUCAAGAAAUCGCGUGAUUUGGAGCAGUUCGGUGCUAUACAAUGCACGACAAGUAAUUACUAUAUAUACGAUGCAAUUGUGUAUGUACACACACAUACAUACUGAACUUUUACCGUUUAAUACUUCAAAGAGAUUAGAUGUCGAAUAAUGGAUUGAGGUAAUUUUCUAUUACUUCAAUGCUGUGUCUUUUACUACAAUAAUCAUUAUUCGAUUGACGCGUUGAUAUCAUACAUGUUGAUCAAUUCUUUAAUUGAUCGUGUCUGUUUAGGUAUGUGGAAAAAACGCUAUGUCAUGAUCUCUUUACGAUAAAACAUCUGCUUAUAGUAAUACGAAAGAGAAAGAGACAAUGUUAAACUUCAAUAUACGUGAUGAAUUUCGCAUUAUUUGCACACAGUAUUAAGCAGAGAGA